AUGCUGAUUACAGCGUCCACGGUUGCGACGCCCACUCUAACGGGCAGCAGAGCCCCCUCGCAAGGUGGCAUUUUCGAGGGUCUGAACCCUUCCGUCUACAACCCCGCGGACCCAAUCGUCAUGUUCAUCAUUCAGGCUGUCAUCGUGAUCGCCUUAGGUAGAAUACUGAACUGGUCUCUUAGCCUGAUUCGACAACCCAGAGUUAUAGCAGAAGUUGUCACCGGAAUCCUUCUCGGACCUUCUGUCUUCGGCCGCAUUCCCGGAUUUACUGCAGUCAUCUUCCCCAAAGAGUCCAUGGCACCUUUCCGACUAGUAGCCCAAAUCGGUCUUGUUCUCUUCCUCUUCCUUGUCGGCCUCGAAAUCGACCUUUCAUACCUCCUGAGAAACUGGAGAAUUGCAAUUUGCGUUGCAACCCUAGAUGUGGCCAUACCCUUCGGCGUCGGUGUUGCCUUAGCCUACGGAUUGUACAAUGAAUUCAGCGAUGACCCGGGUGUCACACCCAUAUCCUUUGGAUUAUUUGCGCUCUUCAUCGGUAUAGCAUUCGCAAUCACAGCUUUCUCCGUACUUUGCCGAAUAUUGACCUCCCUGAAGUUACUCAACACCGCCGUUGGAGUCAUCGUGCUGACUUCUGGAGUCACCAAUGACGUUGUCGGCUGGAUCUUGCUUGCGCUGUGUGUCACUCUCGUCAAUUCUGGCGCCGGGGUGACAACAAUGUGGAUCUUACUUGUCUCUAUUGGAUACAGUUUGUUGGUUGCCUUUGUUUUUAGGCCUAUUUUCAUGUGGGUGCUUCGUCGGACAAAGAGUCUGGAGCAUGGUCCCUCGCAAGGGAUAGUCUGCUUGACUUUAAUCAUGGUCCUGGCAUCUGCAUCUUUCACAAAGAUUAUUGGUGUUCAUGCCAUCUUUGGAGCCUUCAUGAUCGGCCUCAUGUGCCCCCACGAUGGCGGUUUUGCCGUCAAGCUGACAGAGAAGAUAGAAGACCUAGUUUCGACCCUCUUCGUACCUCUGUUUUUUGCCUGGUCCGGCAUCAACACCAGCUUGGACUUGCUUGAUACUGGAAAAGUCUGGGUAUAUGUUGUCGCCGUUAUUUUCUUGGCGUUCUUUUCCAAGUUACUCGGAGGUACUGUUGGUGCACGAAUGAACGGCAUGGUCUGGCGUGAAUCCCUCACCAUCGGCACUCUUAUGUCCUGCAAGGGUCAUGUUGAGCUUAUCGUUUUAAACAUCGGCCUGCAAGCCAAGAUUAUCAGCACAAGGAUGUUCACCAUUUUUGUGGUUAUGGCGCUUGUCACGACUUUUAUUACCACACCUCUUGUCAUGUGGCUUUAUCCUCCGUCUUAUCAGCAGAAGCUGGAGCUGUGGAGGAGGGGCAAGAUCAAUUGGGACGGCACCCCAACUCAGAAGGACGGCGCCGAUAGCAAGAAAGAUGACGAUCAGAGAGAGCCUGCUAUUAAACUGCUGGUGUAUCUUCGCACGGAUGGUCUUUCUAGUCUUUUAUCAACCAUAUCCCUUUUCACCAGCGGCCAGGAUGCUGCAUUAUCCCACAGCUUGUCUCCCGAAAAGACUUAUCACGGUGGAGAAAAAGGUCUCGUCGAGCAUGCUGUGCAAAUCCCGGAAGACGAAUUACCUCCGCAGGAACUUCUUCGAAUCCACGGCCUACGUCUGGUCGGGCUUAGCGAGCGCAACUCUUCAGCCAUGAAGGUCUCGGAAAUCGAAGGACAUGCUGGCCAGGAUCCCAUCAUCAAGGCUUUUAGUACAUCAGCCAUUAACACAACAAGAGACGUUGUCGUCUCGGGUCAAAUUACCGUUGUACCUGAAGACUCCUUCGCCGAUACAUUAGCCACACAGGCGACCAAGCUGAACAGCGACCUCAUCGUCGUUCCAUGGAGCGAGACUGGCACCAUCUCUGAGCUCCCUUCUUUCUGCAGCGCAACCACAAGGAGAGUAGAUCCUAUUGGCACCGGCGACUUCUCCAACCUCAUGGCCAGCGUCUUUGACAAGGCAAAGCACAUCUCGGCGGUAGCUACAUACAUCGAUUCCACACUCCUCGGAAAAAUCAACAGCUCAGGCACAGGAACCAAGAAGCCAAAGCACCCCACCAGGCAGAGAUCUGGCAUCAACGUUUCCGACAUUCAAGAUCUUUCCGCUUUCAGGUUCUUCUCGGCAGAAAGACGAGGCAAGAAGCUGAUUCGCGUCCUCUACACGGGCGCCGCCGACGACAUCUACGCCGUGAAACUCGGAAUCCAGCUCGCACAGAACGAGAACCUCGAGGUCAACAUCGUCGAUGCCGCCGAUAACGAUGACGAGGCCAAUAUGCAGUUCCUACGGAUCACGUCCGACAUCCAUAGUUCCGUCGCCAGGCGCAUCACCUUCAACAAGGUUGUAUGUACCGUCACGAAGGAUAUCACUUCAUCGGCAAUCGUUGCCGAGUAUCUGGCUCUUCAAGCCGGAGAGAAGAGGGAUACAAUAUUUCUGCUAGGCCGUUCCGACGUGUCUCGAAAGGCCAGCAACAGGACUGCUGGAGAGAUUUUUAUUGUCGAUCCGCGGAAGACGCUUGGGUCUAUCGCUCUUGAUGUCUUGAUGGAAGUUAAGAGAAUAGGCGUUGCCAACGUGAGCUUCUUGAUCGUCCAGGCAAAGCAUACCGUCAUGAAUAGGCAGGCGUUGCAACGCUGA